UGCACUGACAUUACAGUAGAAAUCAAAGCAGAAGAAGAGGCUGAACAACAGCUGUGCUGGGGAAAGUGAAGAAAGGAGGAAAAACACCUGACAUCUGCAUGACAUGAACAUGAGUGAUCCAGAAACCUGCAGAGUGAAUGAAGAUGAUCCUGAGCAACAGACAGAUCUGUUGGAAGUCAUUGAAUUGGAGGAUAUACCUAAUCAUUUCAUAACCGGAGAAAAAUCUUCACAUGAAAGUAAUUUUUCUCAGAAAAGUGCUCCGAGAGCAAGAUCUACCCGUUUGCUCCCCUGCCCUCACUGUCAAAAGAGUUUCACUCGUAAAGGAGAUCUGGACAGACACGUGCGAAUCCACACGGGAGAAAAGCCGUUCACCUGCGUUCAGUGCAGGAAGAGCUUCACGCUAGCAGACGGUCUCAGAAAACACCUGCGCACUCACUCCGGAGUCAGAUCCUUUCACUGCGACCAGUGUGGAAAGACCUUUAUUUUGCCUUCGCACCUGAAAAGACACAAGCUCAUUCAUGCAGAUAUCAAACCAUACUUGUGUUCUCUCUGCGGAAAGAGCUUUUCUCAGCUGGACUGUUUGAAAAAGCAUCAGAAGACACACAGCGGAGCGAGACCUCACGAAUGCUUCGAGUGCGGGAACGCUUUUAAUUCAGCCGACACUUUGAAACGGCACCGCAGGAUUCACACCGGAGAGAAACCGUACACCUGCUCCGAGUGUGGCAAGAGUUUCACUCAGUCCGGACACCUGAGACAACACGAGAGAGUUCAUACGGGACAGAAGCCGUACUACUGCUCGCUUUGUGGAAGGAGUUUUAGCACAGCAAGGAAUCUGCCGGCUCAUAUGAAAAAACAUCGACCUGACACGUAUCAGAUAAACCAAGAUGAUGAAAACUGAUGCAGAAAGACUUUAUUGCACUGAAAUCACACAGGAUUAUUCUAUAUGUGCUGUAUGUCUGUAAACUAAGAGCGUUAGAAAUUUACCCAGGCAACUGUUACAGCAUGCAUGGAUGAACAUAUAUUAUCACAUUCAUAAGUAAAUAAGGUCAGUUUGGUUAUUUUAGAGAGAGAAAAAUAUUUAAUUUAGCUUUAUUUUCACAAAGGGGAAAACAAACUUUUCGGUUCAGGCCCGUUAUAUGGUAGUAUUUCCCUAUUUUAAAUGUAUAAAUUAAUUAAUUUAAAUUAA